AUGGUCCUUGACAAUUGUGCUGCGCAUCCAAAAGAUGCUGGAGAAAAUCUAUCAAAUGUUAAAUUGUAUUUUAUUCCACCAAACACAUCCGCAUGCAUUCAGCCAUGUGAUAUGGGGAUCAUAAAAAGUCUAAAGCACAACUACAGAUUGGCAUUUUUACAAAGAGUGAUUGCCGUAAUUGAUUCAGACGAUGCCUGUCUCAAAUCCGUUGUGAAUUCUAUCACUCUUUUGGAUGCGCUACACAUGCUCAAAAUGGCUUGGAGGGAAGUCAAAAUAGCAACAAUUUACAACUGUUUCCGUAAGGCUAGAUUCCAUGAGGAAGUGGGGGAAAAUAUGUUUAGUGACAUUGAAUGUGACGAAAUAACGAUGGAUGUUGCUAAUGAGGAUGAAGAAUGUAUCGGAAUCAUGUCCGAUGAAGAAAUAUGUUUAAUGUCAAGAGAUAUUUCUUGUGAAGACGAUGAGGACGAUGAAGAUCCCAUACCCGUGAAAACAACCAAUUCGGAAGCUAUGGGGCAUGCAGAUUAA